AAGGAAAGCACUCAUUGUCGCGUUACCUGUGGUGAUGGGAAUGCUUGUGCUGGGACUGAGCCUGUUGCUUUAUUCCCAUACAAGAAAGAAGCAGAAUCAUCAGCAGCAAGAAAGUGAGAUGGAUACCCAAUAUCCUAGUGAAAGCCAUGAGGAGCUAGAGCUGCCAAUGUAUGAUUUAUCCACAAUAAUAAAAGCUACUGAUGAUUUUUCAGUCAAUAAUAAGCUUGGGGAGGGUGGAUUUGGACCGGUUUAUAAGGCAGUGCUGGAGGGACAAGAAAUGGCUGUCAAACGACUAUCAAAAACGUCCGUUCAAGGACAAAAUGAGUUUAAGAAUGAAGUAAUCUGUAUUGCAAAACUUCAGCACCGAAAUCUUGUGAGGCUUCUAGGAUGUUGCAUUCAAGGGGAAGAAAGAAUACUGCUUUACGAGUACAUGACCAACAAAAGUCUCGAUUUGAUACUUUUUAAUAAAGUCAUGAAAAAGAUGCUAGAUUGGCCGAGGCGCUUUAACAUCAUUAAUGGUAUUGCUCGGGGGCUUAUGUACCUCCAUCAAGAUUCUCGUCUCAGAGUAAUCCAUAGAGACCUCAAAGCUAGCAAUAUAUUACUAGAUUCGGAUAUGAAUCCCAAAAUAUCAGACUUUGGUCUUGCAAGAACAUUUGGAGGCAACGAGACAGGUGCCAACACAAGUCGAGUAGUAGGGACAUAUGGAUACAUGUCCCCAGAGUAUGCUGUAGACGGCAUGUUUUCAGUGAAAUCAGAUGUGUUUAGCUUUGGUGUUCUGGUGCUUGAAAUCAUCAGUGGCAAGAGAAACAGAGGAUUCAAUCUGAAAAAUCACCGCUACAACCUUCUUGGACACGCAUGGAUGCUUUACAAAGAAGAAAGGUCACUUGAAUUAGUCGACAAUUGUGUGGAAUAUUCAAGUUAUAUAUCUCAGGUUGUGCGAUCAAUCCAUGUCGGUCUUUUGUGCGUGCAAGAACAGGAAAAAGAGAGGCCGAACAUGUCUUCAGUGGUUCUGAUGCUCAAUAAUGAUGGGGUGCUGCCUGAAUCCAAACAUCCUGGCUUCUUCACUGGAAGAGAUGUAAAUGCAAAUGAAACUCCCCAUAGCUCCAACACUGCAAGUUCCGUUAAUGCAAUGACCAUAUCGCUGCUAGAGGCUCGUUAACAAAAUCAAUGUAAAAGUUAUAGAUUGGGAAAUUGUGAAAACAUUUUUUUUUGUGUACACCUUGUUGUUCAAAUUGUAGUAGAGAGGGAAACAUAGGAUCUAUAUGCUG